GGAGGAACUGCUCCAGCAGACUAGCCAGGGCUGAGCUCCCCCUCUGCACCUCUCACUUUACACCAAGCAGGAGCCCUGGCCCCUCAGCCACCAGGAGGGAACACUGCAAAGGAGGGCCUUGAAGGGGGAGAAAACUCUUAUAGGACAGAAUUACCUGGAAUCAAGUUCUGGAAGGAGAAUUUCAUGGUGUUUUCUGGUGUCGCAAAUUACAUUUUGCUUCCAGAGUUUUCAGGGCAGAUGAUUUAGUGUGUGGAGCAGGGAGAUGUCACCGCUGAGCAUUGCUCCGACCUGGGCCCUGGCUGGCCUUGCCCUUCUGUUUGGGUUGCCCCUCGCCUUGCAUGCCUGCCCCCAGUCCUGCAGCUGCCCCAGUCCCAAUGAAGUGCACUGCACCUUCCGUCACCUCACCUCCGUGCCACCCAGUCUCCCCCAAGACACCCAACGGAUCAACCUGGGCUACAACAAUAUCCAAGCUGUGGGGGUCUCCGAGUUCUCAGGUCUCAGCCGCCUGGAGAUGCUGAUGUUGCACGGGAACAACAUCGGGCUUGUGUCCAAAGGGGCAUUCCAGCACAUGCAGUCUCUCCAGAUCCUCAAACUCAGCUACAACAAGCUGAAGGUCGUCAGCCCUCGGACCUUCAGAGGCUUAGCCCGUCUGGUCCGCCUCCACCUGGAUCACAACGUCAUCGAGUUCAUAGAGCCUUUUUCCUUCAUCGGGUUAACGGCACUCAGGCUGCUGCAGCUGGAAGGGAACCACUUGAGGGACCUGCACCCCCACACCUUCGUGACGCUCUCCUUUCUCGGGCGCUUCUGGGGUUCUUCCAUCCGUCACCUCUACCUCUCCGACAACCGGCUGCAGUUCCUUCUGGCUGGAGCUCUGCAACCCUUGGGCGACCUGGAGGUGCUCCAUCUCCACGGCAACCCCUGGACCUGUGACUGUCAGCUGCAGUGGCUGGUGGAGUGGAACAGGAAGGCCGAUGGGGUGAUAAAGUGCAAGAAAGAGCGAGAGUCAGAGAGCUGCGCCUUGUGUUUCUCUCCUCAAUCCCUCAACGGCAGCCAAGUCUUCCAACAUUCCCCGGAAGAACUCUCCUGCGAUAAACCAGAGAUCCAGUCUCACCUGAAGCAAAGUGAGAAUGUCUGGGAGGACUCAAAGCCUGAACCCUUGUCCUCUCAAGACUUUCUGCCCCCGUUGGGCCAACUCACCUUUGUCCUGUCGGAUAACCAGGAAAACGUGGCCCACGUUGGCUGCAAAGUCAAGCUCGCAAGAGAAGGAGCACCGGUGGUCUGGGAGCACCUAGGUGAGCAGGGAGAGCUGGCAGUCAAUGUAAGCUUGCAAGCCUUGCUGGAAUGCAAGAUUGAGAAGGAUGACCUUCAAAGACUGUGGAGGCUCAUCGCCUAUUACUACGAGAGCCCUGCUAUACUACAACGGGGUCAGAUGUUACAGAAUGCAUCCCAAACUACCUUCCAGUACAGGCAGGUACCAAGUGAAGAUACCCCCUAUUUUACAGAGCUCAAGGGACACCUGCAAGCAGAGCCAGCCUGGCUGUUGCAGCCCAAUGUGAGUGUCCAGCUAAACAGAAAGAAAACCACCACUACAAAGCUGGUCCUGAAUUACACCACCCAUAUCUCACACAGCUUCAGCAGCUGGGAGGAGCACGACUCUGUCCCCACCACCUGGGUCAUGAUACGAAGAGGGCCUGAGGGGAGGGUGAAGGCUGCUCUGGAUAGGACCAGGGUAACUCUGGGAUGUGAAGUGGUGAGUUCUGGGAAAGUUAAAUUUGAGUGGAUCCUUCCAGAUUUGUCUAGAGCCAAUGCUUCUCACAACCGUCUGGUGGUAUCUAAAAAUGGCAAUUUAGUUAUAAAGCCUGUGGAUGUUUCAGACUCAGGGGUUUACUAUUGCCUUGCCCAGAGUGAGGAUGAAGUUGAUUUGGUGCCUUUCAGGUUAACUGUGAGGGAACUACUGCUCAGCCCAGAGACCCUAAAUGGCAAAGAAAUGUCUUUAUACAGUGGCGACUCUCUAACUCUUCCUUGCACUGUCUCCUUGCCUCCCCCCAACAAUAUCAGCUGGUUCCUCCCUCAAAAUAUAAUCUUAUUACCAUUGACCCGAAGCAAUAGAAGGUAUGUUUCGCAGAACGGGACCCUGAUCAUCACAAAGGCUUCCCAAGAGGACGCUGGGGAAUACAGCUGCUUGGCCAACAACCUUUAUGGGGCGGACAUGCUUUCCCAUCUCGUCGUAAUCAAAGAAAAAGUGAAUCCAGGUCCAUCCCAGCCAGGUGGGCACGGUAACAAGUCAACAGUCAGAAUGUCCUACCAGAGGUACCAGUCAAUAGAGGAGGAGGAACUGGGGUCAGGUGGAGAGGAACCGCAGAGUGGCAGGGUGGAAACCCAUGUGGUCUCUGACAAGACCACCAAGAGGCCUCCAGGUACAGUCCAAAAGGGGUCUACCAGUCAGGACCAGCAAGGAAGGAAGUCAUGGGAGGGCAAGAGGAGAACAAACCUGUCAGUAAAAGACAUUGACCCCAAACGCUGGGCUCAGUUACUGGCCAAAGCUCAUGCUAAGCCCCCUGCUGAGACAAACUCUGCCAUUCCUGAAAUAUAUGAAAACACUAUAACUCAGGAGGUGCCGAUGCCACCUGGAUACACUGAAAAAGAGUCUGCAUCUGCAGAAGAUGAAUUUGAACCCUUGCAGCCAACUCCAACAUUACUCCCAAUGCAGACUCCUGAGACAGCAACGUCUCCUCAAUACAUAGAACCAGGUCUGCCUAAAACGAUGUCAGUAACGCCCAGUCAAAACGUGUUUCCCUCAACCCAUUCAAACAGCCGAGGGCCAACACCUGGCGUACAAUGGAAGGCACAGGCUCUGAAACCAGACAACAAAAUGCAGGAAGGCCAAAAAACUAGAGUCACCGUGGAAGGAAAGCCCAUUGGGCGGACGCCUCAACAGAGACGCCGAAGACCCUUUCAGCGCCGAUAUCGUCCAAUUGCAUCUUCUCAGAAACCACUGCCACGUUCCCCUUUCCCGACACAAAGUAGCUUUACACCAAUGGUCAGGAUUCGCCCCGUUUCAAUCAACAGAAAGCAGGCAGGAGAAAUCACAGAUUUGAAAAAAAACAGCUCAAGCAGAGUUGGAAGUAUACAAACCAAUUCAGGUCCCACCGUAUCUUCUGGGUUGAGACCAAUUUCCAUCCCCAGCAGGAAAGCUAUUAUAGUUCAAACAGACCACCUCCCAACCAAAACAAAAGAAGCAAAAGCUACAUCAUCACCCACCUUCAAAAAUGAAAAGGACAAGAAUUCUGGCCCACAUGAUGCAUUUUCUGGAGCACAUCAUGGCCUGCAGUUGGCUGCCACCAAGACCCCUAAAGCUAUUGAAUCAACAGGAAAGGGCAGUAGCUUUAUUGCCUCUUCAAACUACAGACUCCAGACCACCCAAGCACCUAUGAGGGAACAACACAAGUCAGUAAAUGAUAUCUUACAUGGCAAGAAUGACAAUAAUAUCUUGCCCUCAGCCAACAAUGUAGGGAAAAUUGUUUGGUUUCCCAAAGAGACAAAGCUUCAAAUCUUUCCAUCUGAAACAUCUUCUACCAGGAUAAUUUUCCACCAAUCCACCAGGAGUGAAAAAAGAGGUACUACCCUUCAGACACCCAUUGAAAAACAGUGGAGGGCUACAGAACAGCCAAGGUUUGAAAUAACAAAAGCUUUGCCCCCUGUUAUGAUGCAACCUCCGGCACAGAAAACAAACAUCAAACCUCCAUAUAUGCCAGUGUCUUUUCCUUCACAGUCUACACUGUCCCCUCCUUUAGCAAAACCUGUGCCUACCCCCCUUCCCCCAAAACCUAAAACCACGUUUCCUGCAGGAUAUUCUCAAAAGCCAAAGCAUACAUCUUUAAUAGCAUCAAGUUCAGGGAAAUCCACUGGGGCAUCUGAGAAAGCUGUAAAUAGAGGACAGGCCUUCCAGGAAUCAAGCAGCCUUCAAAGGGAAACUCAGUCAAAAAUAAUCAAAGGGCAUGAAGGUUCUUUGAGAAGCAAAUCAGAAAGCCCCCUGAAUCCAGUUGUACAGGGGAACAAUCCCCAUUCCUCUCGUAAAUACCCCAAGGCAGGUUUCCAAGCACCUCCUACCUACCACCCUUCCAUCACCACUUUCCCCUGGGCCGCUAAUAGCAGGCCCCCAGCCUGGCCCUCAAAUCACGGCUCUCUGUGCUACCCAUCACACCCCAACAGGGCUUGGCCUUUCCACCACUUUGACACCAGAGACUCUGUGGUUACUAACCGUCCAGAAAUCACAGCUGUGACUGCCAAACCAACUGUCUUUGUCCCUGUGACAGCUUCCCUAACUGAAAUACAAAUUCUGUACCCAACCGUUCAUCCUCCAAAAAGCUCCACCGAAAGCAGAGCUGGAGAAUCUAUGCUGCGAUCCAGACUGUGGAACCGAUACAGGCAUCCCUCUGUUGACCCCUACCAUCCUGUGCAGGCAGGCAGAAGCGUUGCCAACCAGCCCAGCUUGCAUCCUCAACCGUCCCCGGCCUCUCCAAAGCACUACAGGCCAGUGACCCCAAUAUACACGUCUCUACCUUUUACCACAAGCCAGCCUUCCUCUACCCCAAGUGUUUUAUUUGGCGGACGCUGGCACUACAACCACUGGCUACCAAGGAAAUCCAGCACUGCAUUGCCAUUCCCGAGUCUAAUGGGCAAAGGAAUGAAGCCGAGAAUCUUUUCUGUGAAUACAGUCAGUGUGCCAGCACUGGCAGAGACAAAUGUGUUUCUGCCAUGCAAGGCUUCAGGAGACCCCCCACCCUCAUUGUCCUGGACCAAGGUAUCCACAGGUGCUACUAUGGAAGCCAACACAAGUCAUGGUCAGAGGUUCGAAGUUUUACAAAAUGGUACAUUUGUAAUUAAAAAUGUACAGCUGCAAGACCGAGGGCAGUACCUCUGCACGGCACAGAAUAAAUUCGGGUCAGACCGGAUGGUAAUUACUCUUGCGGUUCUGACACAGCCUCCCAGGAUUAAAACUCCAACUUUGAAGGACAUUACGGUCUAUAUAGGGCGUUCUGUUGACCUGGAGUGCAUUGCAGAGGGCAAACCCCAGGCACAAAUCUCCUGGAUUCUUUCAGACAGGACAUUUGUACGCAGUUCCGGGCCUGUUGACACUAGAGGAGCGCUCCUUCCCAAUGGCACGCUAAGGCUACAAGCAGCCAACUUUUCCAGUAAGGGUGACUACAAGUGCAUUGCCAGCAACGCAGCUGGUGCUGACACUGUGAUGUACCACCUCCAUGUAGCAGCUCUGCCUCCCUCUAUCAACGAAGAGGCCUCAGAGAACGUAGCACUGACUGUUGCCCGUAGCGUCUACAUCCACUGCACAGCCAGGGGGGAGCCCAAGCCCCUCCAGAAGUGGACCCUUCCUGGAGGGGUGCAGAUAAAGCCCUCUCAGUUCUUAGGCAGAAGACUUUUUGUUUUCCCCAACGGGACGCUCUUUGUGAUGAACGUUUCUCCAUCCGAUUCGGGAGUGUAUGAGUGUUCUGCCACAAACACAGUGGGUAGCAGCAAGCGAUUGGUGCACCUGCACAUCAAACAUGAAACCAGCAUCCCUAAGCACCCCUCACAGCAGCACAGAGUGACAGCCAUGUAUGGGACCACCGUUUACCUGCACUGCCCAGUGUCUGAGGACACACAGCAUGGAGCUCUUUGGAAACUCCCAUCCAAAAAGCUGGUGGAUUAUCGCUACAGCCCAGAGAGACAAAUCACAGCCUUCCCCAAUGGCACGCUAAGGAUCCAGUCGCUAACGGAGCGAGAUAGCGGCAAUUACAUCUGCAUGUCCAGGAGCCUCAAUGAUGAGGACAUGGCCCUCUUCCAGCUGGAGGUGUUGAUGAAACCGCCCAAAAUCAAGCACACAGGAGGAGCUCAGAAGAGUGUGUCUUACGGGGGAAACUUUCAAGUGGACUGCGUGGCUUCGGGGCUUCCAGACCCAGAGGUGACCUGGAGCCUCCCGGACGGGACCAUGAUCAACAAUGCACUCCAGUCAGACGACAGCGGGGUGCGUUCCCGUCGCUACGUCAUUGGAAAUGGGACUCUCUUCCUGAAGCAGAUGGGUAUGAGAGAUGAGGGAGACUACACCUGCUACGCAGAGAACAAGCUGGGGAAGGACGAGAUGAGAGUCAGCGUCAGGCUGGUCCCAGACUCUCCCAGCAUCUUAUUCAAGGAACAAACAGUGCUGUGGGGCAGAAUCGGGGAGCCUGCUUACAUGAAAUGCGAGGCCACUGGGGAGCCGGCCCCGACAAUCAUAUGGUUGUCCCCAAGAAAUGACAUAAUCACAGUCUCCAACACCAGAUACCAGGUACUUGGAGAUGGCACUUUGGUUAUCAGGCAGUUGGGUGUUGCAGACCGCGGGACGUACGCUUGUGUCGCACGAAACACAGAGGGAGACGACAUAAAGAAUGUGAAGCUGGAGGUUGAAGGCAAACAACCUCAGAUCAACAGACAAGCAGGAAACAGUACCAUAAAGGCAACAGCAGUUUCCUAUCAGACAAAGAUGUUGGCCUGCAAUGCGGAGGGUUUGCCUGAGCCACAGGUCAGCUGGACAACAUCAUACGGCAUCACUCUGCCAACACCCUACUUGGGUGGCAGAUUUCAGGUUCACAGGAAUGGUAGUUUAGAACUGAGGGGCCUCAGAAGAUCUGAUGCAGGUCAGUUUCUAUGUAUGGCACGCAACGAGUUGGGAGAAGCAAGGCUGGAAGUUGAACUAGAAGUGAUAGCUACAGCAGAAAGGCCCAGCUUCAAAUUGCUUCAAAACGAAGCAGUUAUCCUCAAACCAGGAGGUAAGGCCAUCAACCUAGAUUGUACUACACAUGGUAAACCUGCUCCACAGAUCACAUGGGUGCUGCCCAAUGGCACCCUGCUGGCACCAGGCACCAGGCUCUUGAGGUUCCUUCAUGUCAAGGGCAAUGGGACACUACAAAUACUGAGCUCUGUCUCAACCGAUGCAGGGGUGUAUCGAUGCAUGGCAAGAAAUACUGCUGGACAGGCAGAAAAACGUUUUAUCUUGGAGCCAGGGAGGAAACCGAAGCUGCAAUGGACACCGGGGCAGGUGAGGGUUUCAUACGGGGAAAACCUGAACCUUCACUGCUCUGUUGAGGGCUGGCCUCAGCCCACUAUCUACUGGACUUUAGCCAACGGCCUGGUAAUGGACAAGCCACAGGUUAUCGGACGGGCAUCCUAUUUAAUCAACGGCACUCUCCAGCUUCGUGAGACUCUCAUCUCGGAUAGAGGGACCUACUCUUGCAAAGCCACUAAUGAGUUUGGCACUGCAUCGGUGUCAAUCCCGGUUACAGUAACAGUGUAUCCUCCCCGUAUCACCAAUGCUCCUCCAUCCAUCACAAGGGUUAACAGGGGCUCUCCUGUGCAGCUGAGUUGCAUUGCUUUCGGCAUACCGAAGCCAGAUAUAUCUUGGACUCUUCCAGGCCGCACCACGCUUGUGCCUAGCAAUCGCUUUGCCACUCAGGGUGGCAUUCACAUGACACCAGAGGGGAAUCUUGUCAUCCAGAACCCAGUGCUAUUGAACUCAGGGAUUUACAAAUGUAACGUAAAGAAUGCUCUUGGCAUGGACUUCAAAGCCACAUAUUUGCAGGUGUUAUGAAAAGAGACAAAGUAUUGAAAAAUACCAGACUACUGGAAUACAGCUCCGAACUCAGCAAAUCACCCUCAAACCUAUGAAAUACAGUGUGUUAAAACUCAGCAAACUUUUGUUAAAUACCUGUGAUUUGUACUAUGCUAAGAUCAAAGAACUGCAUAGAAAAGCAAACUAAAGGGACUACCAAACUUAACACUACAGGUAUCCACCAACUCAGCCUAGUUUGCAUUCACUUUCAAUUGAUGGACUUAAGAGGGAUGUUUUGAACUCGAAAAAGUCUGAUGCCUCACAGAUCACCACCCAAGACCCAUUUUAAAAUAAUAAAUGCAAUGCCGUUUUUUUUUUUAAAUUUAUGAAAAUGUUCAGGAGUAAAAAGUUUGAUAGUGUUUGCAAAUAUUAAAAUAUGUAUGUUGACACUUCUUUUAUGAACACUCAGUACUGCUAGUUUUGUUUUUGCAACGUGGAAUAUUUUUUAAAGAAAUAAAGAUUUUUAUAUCUCCCCA